UUUAUUAGAUGCUGGAUCCAUUGUCUUUGAGCAGUCCUGAAAACUCUGGCUCAGGAAGCUGUCCCUCACUUGACAGCCCUUUAGAUGGGGACAACUAUCCCAAAUCUCGGAUGCCAAGAGCACAGAGCUAUCCAGAUAAUCAUCAGGAAUUCUCAGUAGAGUACGAUAUUCCAAUAUUUGAGAAAUUUGGAAAGGGGGGGACUUAUCCCCGAAGAUACCAUAUUUCAUAUCAUCAACAGGACUACAAUGACGGUCGUAAAACUUUUCCAAGAGCCAGAAGGACUCAGGGGAACAGCUUCCGAUCACCAGUUAGUUUCAGUCCUACUGAUCAUUCGCUGAGCACCAGCAGCGGGAGCAGCGUCUUUACGCCAGAAUACGAAGAUAAUCGGAUGAGGAGGAGGGGAAGUGACAUAGACAAUCCUACCUUGUCAGUCAUGGACAUCAGCCCACCCAGUCGUUCACCACGAGCUCCAACUAACUGGAGACUUGGUAAACUGCUGGGUCAAGGUGCAUUUGGCAGAGUAUACCUGUGUUACGAUGCUGAUACCGGAAGAGAACUGGCUGUUAAACAAGUUCAGUUUGAUCCUGAUAGUCCAGAAACCAGCAAGGAAGUAAAUGCACUUGAAUGUGAGAUUCAGUUGCUGAAAAACCUGCUGCAUGAAAGAAUUGUCCAGUAUUACGGCUUCUUGAGAGAUCCACCAGAGAGAACACUCUCGAUAUUCAUGGAAUAUAUGCCUGGGGGUUCCAUCAAAGACCAAUUGAAAUCGUACGGAGCACUCACAGAGAAUGUGACUCGUAAAUAUACGCGGCAGAUUUUGGAAGGAGUUCACUAUUUGCACAGUAAUAUGAUUGUCCAUCGAGAUAUUAAAGGAGCAAAUAUUCUGCGAGAUUCAGCAGGCAAUGUGAAGCUCGGUGACUUUGGUGCCAGCAAACGACUGCAGACUAUCUGUCUCUCUGGUACAGGAAUGAAGUCUGUCACAGGAACUCCAUACUGGAUGAGUCCAGAAGUUAUUAGUGGAGAAGGGUAUGGCAGAAAAGCAGAUAUCUGGAGCGUAGGUUGUACAGUGGUAGAAAUGCUCACUGAGAAGCCCCCGUGGGCAGAGUUCGAAGCAAUGGCUGCCAUCUUUAAAAUUGCCACCCAGCCAACCAACCCCCAGCUGCCACCUCACGUGUCCGACCAUGCUCGGGAUUUCUUGAAACGGAUUUUUAUCGAGGCCAAGCUGCGACCGUUUGCAGAUGAACUGCUAAGACACACGUUUGCACACUAUCACUAACAGCCUGCCUCAACUCAGCUUGCGUCUACUGCAUUUAUUUUCUAUUUGACUGCACUUUUAUUUUUUA